AUGUGCCAUUUGGAAAACACAGGGUUAUUCCAGUGGGAUCUCCAAGAUGGGGGGAGGAAAUCCUUGAUACACACUUUUACUGCGGGCAGGGGAUGAGAGGACUCUUAACAUACUCAAAUAAAGGCCGCGUAUGGAGCCGGGGAGGUUGCGUGAGAAUCCCCCCGGUUCUGGUGAGACCGAGGCCGGGGGCUGGAGGGGAGAGACUCCCGGUGUAGAAGCGGAGGAGGAGCGAAAACACAGCAAUGGCCCAGCAUCUGGAGCUGGGUGUGUCGGGACCGGUGGGAUCACGGUACGGGAUGAUGAGGAGGAGGAUGAAGAUCAGUAUAAAGAUGAAGAACUGGACCCCAGAAUACAGGAGGAACUGGAGCAUCUCAACCAGGCGAGUGAGGAAAUAAACAGACUGGAGCUUCAGCUGGAUGAAGCACGUUCCAGCUACAGGAAAAUACUCACCGAGUCGGCACGCAAACUUAACGCUCAGGGCUCCCAGCUUGGCGCGUGCAUCGAAAAAGCCCGGCCGUAUUACGAAGCCCGUAGACUAGCGAAAGAGGCGCAGCAGGAAACGCAGAAGGCAGCGCUGCGCUAUGAGAGGGCCGUGUCCAUGCACACGGCUGCGAGGGAGAUGGUGUACGUGGCCGAGCAAGGCCUCCUGGCUGACAGGAACACGCUGGAUCCAACCUGGCAGGAAAUGCUCAAUCACGCAACAGCCAAGGUGAACGAGGCCGAGGAAGAGCGUCUGCGGAGCGAGAGAGAGCACCAGCGGGUCACGCAGCUGUGUCAGGAGGCCGAGGCGCGAGUACAGACUCUACAGAAAGCUCUCAAGAGGGUCAUCAUCAAGUCAAAACCAUACUUUGAACUCAAGGCCCAGUUCAACCACAUCCUGGAGGAGCACAAGGCCAAGGUGGUGCAGCUGGAGGAACGAGUGGCGAAGGUAAAGACGCGCUACUCCGUCGCUCUGCGUAACCUUGAACAAAUCAGCGAGCAGAUCCACGCCCAGAGGGGGCGUGCUCGAGCAGCCAGGCAGCGAAACAGAGCCCGCGGAGGGCGGAGCUCUCCGGUAGGAGCGGAGGCCGAGGGCAUCAUACAGGCAGGGGCUUAUGGGGGAGUAGGGGUGAGUCUGCUGGAUAACGAUUGGGCAGAUCAGGAGAAAACCAGGCAGUGGGUUGAGAAGCACAGGGAGGAAGGGUGGGGCCAAAGGGCUGAGAAGGCAGGCUCAGACUCGCUGUCGGUCAUCAGCCUGCAGACCAUCGCCUCAGACCUGGAGAAGUGCGACUCGGUGGAGCACCUGGGCGACUUGAGCGACGUCAGUAGUGUGAUCGGAGAGGAGAAAGAGGGAGAGAGUGUGUUCAAGCAGGGAAAAGAGAACGAAACGGGGGCCUCAGGGACCGAAGGACCUCCGAGGGAUCGAGAAAACUUCGUUAAGCAGCACCACAGAAGUGUGAGCUUGUAAGAAGUACUGCUCUAAUGCACCUUAAAACCUCGAGGUCCAUGCCAUUGCCUUACAGCCUUUCAUACCAUCCUGUCCUCUCUCAGAGACGGCGUUAGUUCUCACCGGCUUUUCAGCGCACUCGCAGACAGAGAUAUAAUAGACGGAACGCAGCGUGAGCGACCGGAGAGUGUGAAAGGCUGCAACGGAAGGCAUCGAAACGCUCUAUCAACUCUUCCAGGGCUCAGUCGGCAGCAGCGCCUGAGAGAUGGAUCGUUUUUAGUCAGUAAUGACGGAAAGAAAGUGAAUAACGUAGAGGGAGAAACGUAUAAUGACUGCUUGGCAUGGCGUCGUUUCAGAGCGUAAUGUUACAUUUUUCUUGAUGUUAACGAAUAACAAUAAGGGAAGAAACAGAGGGUGAGACUCAGCGUGUCGUCUGGGGGUUUGUAGUUCUCAUGAGCUCAUCCUCGAUUCACUUCAGUCAGAGCCAGAAGGAAAGAAAGUGAGGGAAGAGACAGGGUGAUGAAAGAAAGAUGGGGUGUAACUACAGUCUAACACCAGAUUGUAAAUAGAUCCCAGUGCACAUCAUGGUUCAGGGGAUAAAAAUAGUAUCAGGUUGUUUGAUUGAUUAUAUAUAUAUAUAUAUAUAAUGUGUGUGUGUGUGUGUGAGAAUCACUUUGAGAGAUUUAUGCUGAUUUCGUAUCAGGCGUACGCUGUAAUAUCCAUGUAAUCAGUUUGAGCUUAAAAAAAAAAAGGUGAAACCCUUGAAAAUGGAGCGAUGCGCUUUGGUUUGACUGUGAAAUGGUACGUCGGUGUUUAAGCCACAUUUCAAAAGUGAAUUUGCGAGCGGUUUGAAGAAAGGAGAGCCUUUCUUCCAUUUCUAGGCUGAGCGAGUGUUGCGUUUGAAAGUGUCAGUAUGCUGUCCUGAGGUAUUUCUAGAAUUAUUGUGGCAUUUAUCAUAGUCCUGAGUAACACAUCUUACAAAAACAUAUUCGUCUUGGCUUAUUUAUUUUUAUUCACGUCAGUGUUACGUAUUCAGUGCCACAUAUUUAGUGCUAGAUUUGAAAAUAAUAAUAAUAAAGUAUAAUAAAUACAUGUUUACAAGUACAGUUUUGAAAUAACUGGAUCGCAGACAAGAAUUGAAGGCGGGGGGAAAAACCUCCUUCAUGCCGGUGUCUGUAAUAGGAUUAAAGCAAACGAACGGACAGUACUGUAUCGCUUGUGCGUCUGUGUCCCUCUAAACUUUCUUCUCUCUGUCCCUCUGAAUCCUGCCUCUCUUCUCUCGUGUUUCCUAACUACUCUCUUGUAGUUCACACACUGGAAAAAUGACCCAAUCAGGUAUGGCUUGCUCUCACAAGCUCUCUGUAUCUGAAAUUAAAGUAUGCUGUAGAGGAAUAUACUACUUCUCACCUGAUAAAUGUAUUAAUUCUGGAAAUGUUAAUUUAUUGAACUG